AAUGAAAACUUUCUUAUAACAAUAAACUUAACUGUACAUAUUCUCUUAUCUCUUCGUCUUUCCUCCUUAUCUUACGUUUACACCUUCUCUGUCAUCCUCCUUACUGCGCUCUACACCAAAACAUUGCCCGCCCACCGGGCCCCCACCCGGACACCCACCCACCAGUACCCGGCCACCGCCCACCCGGCCGCCCACCCGGCCGCCCACCCGGCCACCCACCCGGCCACCCACACGGCCACCCACACGGCCGGCCACCCACCCGGCCGGCCACCGCCCACCCGGCCGCCCACCCGGCCACCGCCCACCCGGCCGCCCACCCGGCCACCGCCCACCCGGCCACCCACCCGGCCACCCACCCGGCCACCCACCCGGCCACCCACACGGCCGGCCACCCACCGGGGCGCUCACCCGGCCACCCACACGGCCACCCACCCGGCCACCCACACGGCCGGCGACCCACCGGGGCGCUCACCCGGCCACCCACACGGCCGGCCACCCACCCGGCCACCCACACGGCCGGCCACCCACCGGGGCGCUCACCCGGCCACCCACACAGCCACCCACCCGGCCACCCACACGGCCGGCCACCCACCGGGGCGCUCACCCGGCCACCCACCCGGCCACCCACCCGGCCACCUACACGGCCGGCCACCCACCGGGGCGCUCACCCGGCCACCCACCGGGGCGCUCACCCGGCCACCCACACGGCCGGCCACCCACCCGGCCACCCACCCGGCCACCCACACGGCCGGCCACCCACCGGGCGCUCACCCGGCCACCCACACGGCCGGCCACCCACCGGGGCGCUCACCCGGCCACCCACACGGCCGGCCACCCACACGGCCGGCCACCCACACGGCCGGCCACCCACCGGGGCGCUCACCCGGCCACCCACACGGCCGGCCACCCACCGGGGCGCUCACCCGGCCACCCACACACACGGCCGGCCACCCACACGGCCGGCCACCCACCGGGGCGCUCACCCGGCCACCCACACGGCCGGCCACCCACCGGGGCGCUCACCCGGCCACCCACACGGCCGGCCACCCACCGGGGCGCUCACCCGGCCACCCACCCGGCCACCCACACGGCCGGCCACCCACCGGGGCGCUCACCCGGCCACCCACACGGCCGGCCACCCACGGGGGCGCUCACCCGGCCACCCACACGGCCGGCCACCCACCGGGGCGCUCACCCGGCCACCCACAGCCGGCCACCCACCGGGCGCUCACCCGGCCACCCACACAGCCGGCCACCCACCGGGGCGCUCACCCGGCCACCCACACGACCGGCCACCCACCGGGGCGCUCACCCGGCCACCCACACGGCCGGCCACCCACCGGGGCGCUCACCCGGCCACCCACCGGGGCGCUUACCCGGCCACCCACACGGCCGGCCACCCACCGGGGCGCUCACCCGGCCACCCACACGGCCGGCCACCCACCGGGGCGCUCACCCGGCCACCCACACGGCCGGCCACCCACCGGGGCGCUCACCCGGCCACCCACACGGCCGGCCACCCACCGGGGCGCUCACCCGGCCACCCACCCGGCCACCCACCGGGGCGCUCACCCGGCCACCAACCCGGCCACCCACACGGCCACCCACACGGCCACCCACACGGCCACCCACACGGCCACCCACACGGCCGGCCACCCACACGGCCGGCCACCCACCGGGGCGCUCACCCGGCCACCCACACGGCCGGCCACCCACACGGCCGGCCACCCGGCCACCCACACGGCCGGCCACCCACACGGCCGGCCACCCGGCCACCCACACGGCCGGCCACCCGGCCACCCACACGGCCGGCCACCCACCCGGCCACCGCUCACCCGGCCACCAACCCGGCCACCCACACGGCCGGCCACCUGCCUCAAAUGCAAAUUUCUCCAAACGGAAUUUAUAGCAGAGGAACCCG